AAAGAGAUUCUUUUGUAAAAGCUUUGGCCACUUUUACCUCGUUAUCAAAUGGUUAUUCUUUACCCUCAACAUUGACGCGGAAAAACAUACUCUGUCUAAAAACUCUGCUUCGUCUCUUUGUGGAAUACGGCGAUAUUCUGUUGGAGUGUUGGAAGGAUGUUUUUCGGUGCAUAUCCAAUCUCGAUAAAAUUGAUAUUUGUUUGGAUGUGCCUUUGAAAGAACUUGCGGAUCCUCACAAAGAGUUUACUAAAGAAACUAUAAAUAUAUCAAAAUCUUUGCUGCGUUGUAGCUUUGAAAUUAAGACCAGAACCACUUCGUUGAGCCACAGCUUUUUGAAUGAAGUACCGCUCGAUCUCUCUGGCGACAGGAAAGAAGUUACUUUUACUAAGUCAUCAAAGGACCAUGAAGAAUACUACGACGUCAUGAGCUUGGCGAACGCCGUCGACAAAAUAUUUACUUUUAGCAAAGAGUUGCCUAGCAAUUCCGUUGUAAACUUUGUCACGGCUCUUUGUGAAAUAUCUUUAUCGGAGCUAUCGGAGUCGCCUCCUCGAAUGUUCAUGCUGCAAAAAAUUGUAGAGAUAUCUUACUAUAACAUGGAAAGGAUACGCUUAGAAUGGGUUCUAAUAUGGAAACGUCUUGGAGAUUUUUUUUACAAAGUUGGAUGCAUGAGCACUAACAUAGCAACUUUUGCAGUGGACUCGCUUAGGCAACUCUCAAUAAAGUACUUAGAAAGAAUGGAAUUGGAUAACUUCAAUUUUCAGAAAGACUUUCUGAAGCCCUUCGAGUACAUUAUCUGUCACAAUAAAAGUCCGGAAAUUCAAGAGUUGGUUAUCCACUGCUUGAUGCAUAUAUCACGUGCUCAGGAAUUUUUUUGUCCCUUCAUGUUAUCUGUCGCUUGUAGCUAUCGACUCGCUUUAUCUUUAGACAAAGAACUUAAGGUCCGGAUGGAAGAGCUUGUUUUAUGCUCUUUCAGUACCAGCGAGAUCAAACGUUAUGGAUUUUUUUAUAAUGGCCUCUUCUUAGUUCCCAAAGUUCGUCACAUUUCCCCCUUUUUCAUCCAGAAUGUAGAGAUUGUCCGUCUGGCGUUUGAGUCGGUGCACACACUGUUAGACGAAUUCACUGAUCACUUCAUAGAACUCGCCACAGCAGACGUUGUCGCAUGUUUAGUUCAAUUUUCUUGUGUCUCUAGCUCGCCCGUGCUGUCCAUGGAGGCUGUAGAUCUCUUAAAAAAAGUAUCCCUCACGCUUACCAGGAAGGGAGGCCUCCAAAAACUGUGGGCGAGUGGCUGGGUCCCCCUGCUCGUAGGGCUUCACCACAUCAUGAUUCAAUGUUCCUCUUUGGAAGUCCGCUCAAGGGCAAUGACCGUUUUGCACGAGGUUUUAAACUCCCAAGGGCACCAUUUAUUAGAAGUUCAUUGGUCAGAACUCUUUCAGAUUAUAUGCAGAUUAUUUGACAACGAGCGCCUUCCUAAUAACGCAAUCGAAAGAGAAGAAUGGUUAAAGACAACUUGUAAUUUGUCCCUCUGUUGCGCGACUGAGUUGCUUAUAAAGUUUUACAAUCGCCUGCCAAAAGAAGUUCUACAAGAGUUUUACUGUGCGGUUAAGUGGUGUGCAACUGCAGAUAACGAACAUUUACUUCGAAUGUCACUGGAAAAUUUUGAAAACUUUGUGAUUAGUAAAGGCAAUAAUUUUGACAAAAAGCAGUGGACCGCUACUUUAAAGACUCUUCAUGAGCUUUUUAAAGUCACAACGCCCGUUGAACUUGUGACUCCCAGCACAGAUACACAAUCAAUAAAGUCUUGCAAACAAAUUGUAAUAUUAAAGUGCAUGGCUCAAAUAAAACUGCUUUCAGUGGUGGAAAACAUAUUAUUUUGGAGUCAUUUUCAUUCCAACGAACCUGAUGCACAUGAAAGCACUUGUAAAGAAUCGUACUUAAUGCUUGACUUUGAGCAACUGGAAGAAGUAAAAGAAUUUGUAGAAAAUUGUUAUCAAGUUGCCCAUGUUUUUAACUGCAAUCACUUGCGCAAGACUGAAUUGUGGCAAAUUGGUUUUACGAAACGCCUUCCUCAUCUGCUCAAACAGGAGAGCAAGGCGCUCCAUUUAAUGUUAGUUUUAUUGCAUUGUGCGUAUGAUAACACUGAAAACUACCAAGUUCGGGAAACCCUGGACACAAAAAUAAUGGUUUUUGGAAAUACACUUUUCACCUGCUUUUUAAGCGAAGAAAGCGAAAGAAACCGAGAACUUUGGGUGCCCCUGCUCACUUUUUUUUUAAGAAAACUUGUAGAAAUGACAGCAGCGAGGUUCGUCCGACACUUAAAACAGUAUUACCAACACCUUUUAAAAAUGAUGGGUCGCGAAUGCAAACUUGAAAUUAGAACUUUGCUUUCAAAUAUUUUCGCAAAAAUCUACGACGAAAUGUGUAAGCAGAUAGCCAAAGAAGAAAGCAAAAUUUUACUAGAGCAAAAAAGCGUUCUUAUAGCAGAAAAGCGUAAAGAAUGCGAUAAAUCAAUAAAUCCUGAGGAAGCGUUUAGCUUUGUUGAUCAAUACGCUCUCCUUUUGGAUCAACCUAACAAGGACAAAACUUCAUGUAAUGUUACUGCCCUACGUGAUGAAAACAAUAAUAUAAAUGAUAAUUAUUAA